CCAACCCCAAAUUACCAGCAAAAACGAAGCACGAAUUUUCUGGAGAGGGAGAGAGCAAAAGAGAGGGGGAGAGACAAGAAAAUAAAACACAAAAACGUGCAAUCCCUUGAAAAUCCGAUAGCACUCCAAAAUGAGUACCAUGAAAUUUUGUCGGGAAUGUAACAAUAUAUUGUACCCAAGGGAAGACAAAGAACAGAAAAUCCUCCUCUAUGCUUGUCGCAAUUGUGAUCAUCAGGAGGUUGCUGAUAACAAUUGUGUCUACAGAAAUGAAAUACACCAUUCUGCUGGGGAGCGCACCCAGGUCUUACAGGACGUAGCUGCAGAUCCCACUCUUCCCCGUACGAAAGCAGUUCGCUGUUCCAAUUGUGGUCAUGGAGAAGCUGUUUUCUUUCAGGCAACUGCUAGGGGAGAAGAAGGCAUGACGUUGUUCUUCGUAUGCUGCAACCCAAACUGUGGACACCGCUGGAGGGAUUGAAAUUGUGGUCUUGAAAAGAUGGAAAUUGUAACCAGUGAAAGUGACUCUUGUUUUCUAAAGCAACAUCUUAGAAAUGUUUUGUGGAUGGUUGAUGGGGAAUGUGAAACAUUAUGCACAUUCUUAUCAUUGUUACUCCUACCUUUCUUUAAAUUGAGCGUUUUCUAGGAAAGAUUGCUAUUCCGUCUUAAAAUAUUAUAUCAAUGCACGGUAGAAUGGAUAACAUUCAAAGUUUUUUACUUCAA